AUGUUUUUAAAUGAAAUUAUUAUAUUGUUUACAUUUUUGGUCAUAACAAAAUGUGGAACAGAUGAAGUCGAUGAAAUGACAAGUGAAACUUAUAGUAUACGGAUUAAUUUUACUAAUAGAUUUAAUGAUACCCAUCCAAUUUCAAGUGUUACUUUUUAUCCAAAGCAAGUUUAUAAUAUAUUAGGAGUUACUACUGUUUCUGAGUUCCUCGGAAUACCAUUUGCUAGACCACCAAUAGAUUAUUUUAGAUUAAAACGCCCUCAUCCUCAUUAUGGAAAUGAUACUCACUUGAAAUUUUAUGCAAAUGUGUCUAGUGGAUCAUGUGUGCAAAAAACUCUUAAUACAGGAAUUCCAAAAUUUGAUUAUUAUAAUUCAAAAGAUCAUAUGUCAGAAGAUUGUUUGAAAUUGAAUAUUUGGAAACCUGGUGUAAAUUCAGAUGCUGUAAUUGUAUUCUUUCAUGGUGGUGAUUUACUGCGUGGAUCUGCUUCAGCAGAACUUUACAGAGGUCAUUAUUUUGCUGCUUAUGCAAGAGCCAUUAUAGUUAGUGCCAACUAUAGAUUAGGUCCAUAUGGAUUUGCAUAUUUAGGAAAAAAAACAAAAAUUCCUGGAAAUAUGGGGCUUUUAGAUCAAACUAUGGCAUUAAGAUGGGUCAAUGAACAUAUACAUGCAUUUGGAGGUAAUCCUAGAAAAAUAACUAUCUUUGGUCAUGAAGCCGGUGGGGCAGCAGCUGCUACUCAUUUGUUUUCAGGAGCAAGUAAAGGUUUAUUUAAAAGAAUUAUUUUGUCUUCAGGAGUUUUCCCAAAUCAUCGAUUUACAGUUUCACAUAAACAACUUAUUGAAAGGACUAGAAGAUUAAGUGAUGACAUGUAUUGUAAGAAUCAAACUAAUACAUUAGUUGAAUUGUGCUUAGCUCAAAGAGAAGAUAAUACUUUAAGAAUGGUUAUAAGUAAAUUAAGAGAACAAGAAAAUAAACCUUUACGUAAAAUGUUUGGAAUAUCAUCUAAAGACAAGGAGUAUUUUGUAAGAGAUUUUAGAAAAUUAAAAAUGAAAAAAGAUGUUGAUAUAUUAGUAGGUACAACAGAAGAUGAAGGAACUUUAUUUUAUUUUGAUUAUGUCAGAGAUAAUUAUAAACAUCUUGAAAAACAUAACGAAACAAAAGAAGCUUUUAUGCAAUUAGUAACUGACAUAAAUAACAAAUUAUUUGACAAAGUUGCUAAAGAUUACAAUAUUAAUAAAGAAGUAUUUAAGAAAGCAAGAGCAGCCAUGAAAAAAAUUGUAGGUGACAGGGAAUAUUUGGUUGGACAAAGACUAUUUCAUGAGAUGCAUUUUGAAUGUGAUUGGGCUAAAUUUCUUGAACGUGCUUUAAAAAAAAAUGUAAAAAGCGUUUAUGCAUACCGUUUUAUGCACAGACCUAAAAACUAUGAUUGGCCAGAAUGGCUUCCUUUUGUAAUAACUGGUUCUGAUAUAGAAUUUGUUUUUGGUUCACCAUUUAAAAAUUAUAAAAUUCAUGAUGAAAAAUUAUUUACUUUAGAAUUAAUUGUGGCAAUGAAAAUGAUGAAAAUGUUUGGUAGAUUUGCUAAUACAGGAGUUCCAGAUGAAAGAUGGGUACCUUUUUCAAGAGAAAAUAAGAAAAUACUUAUAUUAAAUCUUAAUUUAGCAAAAAGAAAUGCUUAUAUUUUUGAAGAGUUCAAAAGAAAUGAUAGAUGUAAGCUGUUUAAAAAUUAUUAA